AUGUGGGAGCAGAAGCAGAGACCUGUGUCAGCCACUAACUCGGGCACCUUGCAGGGAAUCUUGAUUGGCUUCAUGCUCAGUUUAAGGCCGCCGCGCGCGGCUACCGCCCGCACCGGCGGACGGGGCGCCCAGCCGCGGCCGUGCGGCGAGCGGCCCGAGGAGCUGCUGGAGCAGCUGUACGGGCGGCUGGCGGCGGGCAUGCUGAGCGCCUUCCACCACACGCUGCAGCCCGAGCCGCCCGGCCGCGCGCUCAACGCCAGCUGCCCCGCGGGGGCGCGCCCGCCGCCCGACAAGAGGUUCCGCCUGCCCGUCAACCUGCGCAGCGCCUCGCCCUGGGCCUACAGAAUCUCGUAUGACCCGAGCAGAUACCCCAAGUACAUCCCCGAGGCCUACUGCCUGUGCCGGGGCUGCCUCACGGKCGCCUUCGGCGAGGAGAGCCUGCGCUUCCGCAGCACGCCCGUCUACAUGCCCGCCGUGAUCCUGCGGCGCACGGCCGCCUGCGCCGGCGGCCGCUACGUCUACGCCGAGGACUACGUCACCGUGGCCGUGGGCUGCACCUGCGUGCCCGAGCAGGACAAGGAGGCCGCCGGCGCCAACUCCAGCCUGGACAAGCAGGAAGCCAAGCGGCUCGGCAGCCACAAAGAGCCCGCGCCCCGCUGAGGCCGCGCGGCCGGUGAGGGGCUGU